GGCGUGGCCUGGCGGGAGGCGGUGGCGGCGGCCGGGCCGGGCCAUGGGGAAGGAGCAGGAGCUGCUGGAGGCCGCCCGUACCGGGAACCUGCCCGCCGUAGAGAAACUGCUGUCGGGAAAACGCCUCAGCUCCGGUUUCGGUUCCGGGGGAAGCGGAGGAGGUGGUGGUGGAGGUUCCGGGGGUGGUGGAGGCGGUGGAAGCGGCGGUGGAGGAGGAGGUGGAGGUGGUGGUGUGGGGCACCCGCUGUCCAGUCUGCUGAGCAUCUGGAGAGGGCCAAAUGUGAACUGCGUUGACAGUACUGGAUACACACCACUGCACCAUGCUGCUUUGAAUGGUCAUAAGGAUGUGGUGGAAGUCCUCUUGAGGAACGAUGCGCUCACCAACGUGGCAGACUGUAAGGGCUGCUACCCCCUUCACCUGGCAGCUUGGAAAGGAGAUGCAGACAUAGUGAAGCUCCUCAUCCACCAGGGACCUUCGCAUACUAAAGUGAACGAGCAGAAUGCUCUUGAGAUCAAAGAACUCAAAAAGUACGGCCCCUUUGACCCAUAUAUCAAUGCCAAGAACAAUGACAACGAGACAGCACUGCACUGCGCCGCACAGUACGGCCACACCGAGGUGGUGAAGGUCCUCCUGGAGGAGCUCACCGACCCCACCAUGCGUAACAACAAGUUUGAGACCCCCCUGGACCUGGCUGCUCUCUACGGGAGGCUGGAAGUUGUGAAGAUGCUGCUGAACGCUCACCCCAAUCUUUUAAGCUGCAACACAAAGAAACACACUCCCCUGCACUUGGCGGCGAGGAACGGUCACAAAACUGUAGUCCACGUCCUCCUGGAUGCUGGCAUGGAUAGCAACUAUCAGACUGAAAAAGGCAGUGCUUUGCACGAAGCUGCUUUGUUUGGCAAGACAGAUGUGGUACAAAUAUUGCUGGCUGCAGGUAUUGAUGUGAACAUAAAGGAUAACAGAGGCCUGACAGCUCUGGAUAUCGUGAGAGAGCUUCCUUCUCAGAAAAGUCAACACAUAGCAGCUCUCAUUGAAGAUUACACGACUGGGAAGAAAAGUGCCAAAGCUGCAGAGAAGACAGCACAAGCUCCGCUUGCUCCAAGCACCGACCCUGCGUGCUGGAUCCCUCAGGGUGAUGUGGAGAAAGCAGUGACAGAGCUGAUCAUAGACUUUGAUGCGAACCCAGAAGAGGAGAGCCCAUAUGAAGCUUUGUACAAUGCAACGUCCUGUCACUCCCUGGACAGCCUUGCCAGUGGGAGGUCUUCAGACAGAGAGUCUGUGAAUAAGGAAGUGGAAGCAGCUGGCCUUAAAGCGGCAGGAGUCAGGCCUAGAGAGCGUCCACCCCCCCCUGCUAAACCACCACCUGAUGAAGAAGAGGAGCAGCACACAGAGAAGAUGGGCCAUGGUGCUUCCUGUGAGGCCACUGUUGCACGAGGAAAGAGCAGAGGAAGUGGAGCUGAGGAAGAGGAGCACCCUUACGAGCUGUUGCUUACAGCGGAAACUAAAAAGCCAGUGGCAGUGGAUAGAAAAACAAAAGACCACAGGAGGAGCAGCGGUGGCCGCAGCCAGGACUCUGCAGACACCCAGGACAUCCAGGUUCCGGAGCAGUUCUCGGGGUUGCUUCACGGUUCUUCCCCCAUCUGUGAAAUAAGCGAGGACCCUUUCAGGCUCGUUCCUUCCGCGGAGAAAGGAGGCGUGGAAGCAGCGAGCCACCCACCUGCUAUGCAGCUGGAGGAUGCUGGUUUACCUGCCUCUGCAUCAGCACCGACCGGCUCUCCAGAACAAAACCAGAAAGCAAUCUACGCAACCGUCCAACACGCUCACGUCAGCCGGGCGGAUCCUGAAACUGUAGGCACGCCCCACGUGCUCCAGCACCCCGGCGGUGCCGAGGACGAGGGGGACAGAGGUGGUGCUGUGGGCAGAGCCCACCCGGGGAGCAAACCCAAAGCCGAGCUCAAGCUCAGCCGCAGCUUGUCCAAAUCAGACUCCGACCUCCUGACCUGCUCCCCAACAGAGGACGAUGCCAUGGGGAGCCGGAGCGAAUCGCUCUCCAACUGCAGCACUGGGAAGAAGAGGUUGGAGAAGUCGCCGUCCUUUGCUUCGGAGUGGGAUGAGAUUGAGAAAAUCAUGAGCUCCAUUGGCGAAGGCAUCGACUUCUCCCAGGAGCAGCAGAGGAUCUCAGGUUCUCGGAUGCUGGAGCAGAGCGUGGGGGAGUGGCUGGAGUCCAUCGGCCUGCAGCAGUACGAGAGUAAGCUGCUUUUGAACGGCUUUGAUGAUGUCCGUUUCCUGGGCUGUAAUGUCAUGGAGGACCAGGAUCUUCGGGACAUUGGGAUCGGAGACCCGCAGCACCGCCGGAAGCUCCUGCAGGCAGCUCGCUCCCUGCCAAAGCUGAAGCCCCUGGGCUGUGAUGGGAACAGCCAGCCGUCCGUCCCUGCCUGGCUCGACUCCUUGGGGCUGCAGGAUUACAUCCAGUCCUUCCUCUCGAGCGGCUACAGCUCUAUUGACACUGUGAAGAACCUCUGGGAGCUUGAAAUAGUCAAUGUGCUGAAGGUGAACCUGUUGGGCCAUCGGAAGAGGAUCAUCGCCUCGCUGGCUGACCGGCCCUAUGAGGAACCCCCAGCAAAGCCACCACGCUUCUCACAGCUGAGAGUGAGUCCAUGCAGUGUCCCUGCUGCCCACAGUGUCUGUUCAGAGCAUUCAGUGGUAGCUGUGUUCUGCCUCUGUUGACUCCACGUCCUCCCCUUUCAUUCAAAAAGAAGUCCAGGUCUUUCGGGUACGCUCAUCUCCUUCUAGUUAGUAGCUGAGUAGCUGACACCCCUGGGGGACGCAGAGCCCUGCAGAGUGCAGGUACUGAUGGCUUUAGGGUGGGUGUCCAGCAGGGCGUGGGGCACAAUCAGAAUUACUCUGCUUCUUUUGUGCCCAGGAAAUUCUGCCUAGCAAAAUCAAUAAGGAAGAUAAAAACCCUACCAUGUCAAUAUUUAAGUUAAAAGUCCUUUGGAAGUAGGUGUUGGGAGUAAUGAGUGCUGAGAGUGACCUUUGAAAAUGGUACUGCUUUUUUUUUUUUUAAAA